AUGAGGUGUGUUACAGCUUUGGGGAGUUUGAAAAAGGAGCGGCUGGAUUUAAAUAUCACUUGUCAGAAAAAAGCUAUCUCAGACAUCAAGGUUAACUGUGGCUCUCAGACGGUGGAGCUCAAGAUCCUCCUGUGUCCCGUGUACUUCAAUGGGUACAACGAAUCACUGCUGGCCCUCAACUCAGAGCACUCCAAAGACCAGUGUAAAGGGACACCUGACUGGACAGCGGACCCGCCUGUUGUCAAAUUCAACUUCUCCAUCACAGAGGAGGCGAUCACUUUCUGCUCCAGCAAGCUGACUCUCACUGAGGAGGUGGGAACCGGAAUGUUUGCGGACUUCUCCAACGUCCAGUACAUCGGCAUCGCAGGCAUGAUCUGCUUUGAGGACCCCAACAAAAUAGGUAUCACCUAUCAACAAGAGGUGAAGUACAGGUUCUCCUGCCUCUACCCACUGCAGUACCUGGUCAACAACGUUCAGAUGAGCGUGUCUGGGGUCAGCCUGGCAGUCAAAGAUGAUAAUGGGAGUUUCAUCAGCUCACUGAGCAUGCGACUCUACUCGGACCGUGGCUACUCCUCCACGCUGCAGAUCCCUCCAGGAGGCCUGGAUCUAAAGACCAGGAUCUUUGUAGAAGUCAAUGCGUCCAACCUCACUAACAGAUUCAACGUGCUCCUGGACCGAUGUUACGCCACAGCCUCGCUCUUCCCCACCAACGCCACACAUUAUGAUCUCUUUGUUGGGUGUAACCGGGAUGCCCAGACAGUAGUGGGAGUCAACGGAGUGCAGCAGAAAGCCCGUUUCUCCUUCGAGGCUUUCCGCUUCGUCCAAAGCAAAGACGUAGCUCUCUCCACCUACUAUGUACACUGUGCCACCAGGCUCUGUGUGAACACUUUCUGCCCCAACUUCAUUCAGAACUGCACUACCGGCACCAACUCCAGGAGGCACCGCAGUGCCAACACCAACCACCAGGGUACCACAGUGAGCGACAUGGCCACCGUCAGCUCGGGCCCCAUCACUACCCGCACAGAUAUCGGUGAGAAUGUGUCGCUUUCCUUCCCAGGUGCUCAGCCGACUCCUUUGAACAGUACCGUGCUGGCGGUUUCAGUCAUAGCAGCCAUGUUGGGAGUCAUAUGUUUUACUCUGGUGGCUUUCAUUGUUUACCAGAGGCACAACUCCAACGUCAGUUCUACUAAGUAG